AUGAAAACAUUCCAUUUCUUUCUCUCUGUCAACAUGUUUACUUUCUUUCUCUUUCACUCUCUGUCAAUGCAUUUCCUUUCUUCCUUUUUUACACUCUGUCAACACAUUUUCUCUUUUGCAUUUCAUCUCUGUGAAUGCAUUCUCCCUCCCUCUCUCACUCUCUGUCAAGGCAUUUUCCCUCCCUCUCUCGCUCUCUUGUCAAGGCAUUUUCCUCCUCUCUCACUCUCUGUCAAGGCAUUUUCCCUCCCUCUCGCUCUCUUGUCAAGGCAUUUUCCUCCCUCUCUCACUCUCUGUCAAGGCAUUUUUCCCUCUCUCUCGCUCUCUUGUCAAGGCAUUUUCCUCCCCUCUCUCGCUCUCUUGUCAAGGCAUUUUCCUCCCCUCUCUCGCUCUCUUGUCAAGGCAUUUUCCCUCCCUCUCUCGCUCUCUUGUCAAGGCAUUUUCCCUCCCUCUCUCACUCUCUGUCAAGGCAUUUUCCCUCUCUCUCUCGCUCUCUUGUCAAGGCAUUUUCCCUCCCCUCUCGCUCUCUUGUCAAGGCAUUUUCCCUCCCUCUCUCGCUCUCUUGUCAAGGCAUUUUCCCUCCCUCUCUCGCUCUCUUGUCAAGGCAUUUUCCCUCCCUCUCUCGCUCUCUUGUCAAGGCAUUUUCCCUCCUUCUCUCGCUCUCUGUCAAGGCAUUUUCCCUCCCUCUCUCGCUCUUUUCCCUCCCUCUCUCACUCUCUUGUCAAGGCAUUUUCUCGCUCUCUUGUCAAGGCAUUUUCCUUCCCUCUCUCACUCUUUUCCCCUCCCUCUCUCGCUCUCUGUCAAGGCAUUUUCCCUCUCUUGCUCUCUGUCAACACAUUUCCUUUGUUAAUUUUUUCUUCCUCUCUCGAUCUCUAUCAACCCAUUCCUUUUCUUCCACUCUCACUUUCUUUCAACACAUUCCUUUGCUAUCCCUCUCACUCUGUCUUUACAUUCCCUUUCUUCCUCUUUUUUUGA